UGACUAACGACUUUUUCAAGAAAGAUUCCUUUUCAAAUUGGUUGUUUUUAAUUUUUAUUUUGCUUACAAGUCCAGCAAUUACAAUUAUUAAGCAUAAAAUUAAAGCUAAUCUUUUGAAGAAUGGACGUCGACGAGCCAUCAUUAGUGGAGAGAUGCGAGAAUUUAAUGACUGCGGUCGUGGAGACUCGCAAACAGUAUGGAAAGAAGUGCAUUGACUACCAGCAUAAAACUUCUCGCGUCGCAAACCAGUUACUUCAGCUAAGACUAGACAACAUCGCGAAUUACGAGAAACGGAAGCUCCCGCAGUUCGAUAUCGCCGAUAUGGCGCUGAACAUCGAAGAUAUCAAGGCAGAGAUGAUGGAGAAGCAGAUCAGGACCGAGAAUUUGUGUAAAAGACUUAAUGAUACUCGGGAAGUGUUGUUGCAAGUGCAAAACGAUAAUGUUACGAGGAAAAUGCAGCAGCCGGUAACGAUACAGACGCUUAUGAAGCGAGCUAAGACUAGACAUGGUGGGGAAAUGUAAGCAUGCGCAUGUAGAAGUAUCGGUGCUAAGUUGAUAUAAUCACUUCUAAAGGAAAAGUACUCCAGUGCAAACUAGACAAGAAUUUAGUUUGUGGAAUUACUAAGGUCUGUUUUUUAGGGUUCCGUACCCAAAGGGUAAAAGUGGGACCCUAUUACUAAGACUCCGCUGUCUGUCUGUCUGUCUGUCACCAGGCUGUAUCUCAUGAACUGUGAUAGCUAGACAGUUGAAAUUUUCACAGAUGAUGUAUUUCUGUUGCCGCUAUAACAACAAAUACUAAAAAGUAUGGAACCCUCGGUGCGCGAGUCCGACUCGCACUUGGCCGUUUUUUUAUUCUGUGGACUAAAAUGACGUUUCAUGUGUAAGACAUGACAUUUCUUAGUACUACAUGAAAUCAUUUUAGUCUACGGAAUAAAAAACAGAAUAUAGGAAAGAAACACUAUUUUAUGGAAAUAUUCUAAUUUGUAAAUUUUCAAGUACUAUAUAGUUUAACUCGAACUCCUAUGAAUAUGGGAGACAGCGGUCAGCAAACGGACCGGAUGAAACAUCAUAGCAACUAAAGCAACAAACAACCAAAGUAUCAGGUCCCAACCCGGCUGGUCCCCGUGGGACUUCAGACCAACACCCUUCAACUACGGAAACAGUCUUAACAACACCCCAGGUACACAUUCUAAAUAGAAAACAACCAUCACAGAAUAAAACAAACAACAAAUCAGUCGACUUUAAAAUCUGUACUUAUAAUGUAAGAUCAUUAUCUUCGCCAGGAUGGCUACUACAAUUAACCUAUGCCCUAUACAAAAUUAAAUUUGACAUAUUGGGUCUCAGUGAAGUACGGAAACUAGGUUGCCAAAUCGAAGAACACCAAGAUUACAUACUUUGCUACAAAGGAGAAACGAAAGGGCUCCAUGGAGUGGGUUUCCUUAUCAAAAAGACUUUCUUACAAAAUAUUGUUAAUUAUAGUGGAGCAACAGUAAGUGAAUGUUAAUGUAAGUUGCUCCACAAAAGUUGACUGUGGUGUCUGUGGUGUGGAUGCACCUUGCGGUAUUUAUAGGAAAUGAUUAUUGUCUUUCAGUUGUCAUAAUCUUAAGUAAUAACUACACCAACAGCAGUUAGUCUGGCAAAUCCAUUGAUUUGGCCAUUACAUUAUUUUUGUAUAGGUGGGUUAAAAUAUAUUACAUUUCAAAAUAUUUAGAUCAGUAUGGUUUCACUCACUAUUAUUUUUAGUCGCUUUUGGCGACAUGUUUCAUGGUCCUACAAUAAUCCUCAUAGACACUUCUUUAGCAACAGAGUGGUCAACGCUUGGAACAAACUCCCAGAGGAUGUAGUAGCGGCCCAAAGUGUCAAUGAGUUUAAGAAUAAAUUAGAUAAGCACAAAGCUAGUUCUACUCAACACUGAGAACUCGGUUUAUGAUUCUGGAUACAGGCAUUAUCAGUUGUUUAAACUGCCUGCCUGCAUUACAAAUAAUAAUAAUAAUAUGUUUCGUAUUCUUCGGGAAUCCUUCUUCAGAAACCGAAACCAACGUGAAACCGUACUGAUCUAAAUAUUUUUAAAUAUGUCUCACAAUAGUUUAAUUUCGAUUAAAUAUUAUAUUAUUAAUUCUAAAGAUGUAUAGACAUGCAUGUUGUAAUAUACACACCCAUGCAUGCAUAGCUCUAACAUUUAUGGUCACAUGCGACCAGUGUGCUCUGGCCUGAAAUACUUCUUCAAAAUUUAAUCACAAAAAAUUACAUGCAAAUAGAAUAUAACACAAAUUACACAAUAUGUAAUAUGAAAGACCACCAUUAUACCCAUAUUAUACCACAGUAUAUUAAGUUAUUUCAUAGAGUAACUUAUACUAGAGCGUUACUGUCAUAGUAAAUUUUGUAACCCCAGUAAAUUCACUGCCAUCUGUCGACACACUUUAAAACUAAAAAUAAUAUUUAUAAAAAUAUGAUAAAGUGUAUUUAAAUAUGGAUAAAUGAUUUUUUUAUUUCCAUUAUUAUUUUUAUAUGAUUUUGACCCAUGUUCUUUCACUGGUAUGCGUUAAAAUUAUAAAUAACAAACGAAACAGUCAACGCCCUCUAUACGAGUGUAGGCCAAAACUAGUGGCGCCAUCUGAUCGAGAAUCAAAUUUUCGUGAUUUUCGAGGCACGUUUUUUCCUUAGACUGUAUCCAUCUAUUACGGAGUUAUAUCUAUCUUUGGUUAUUUUAAAACGGGUCACUCACGUAUUAUUAAGUCUAAUAGCUUAACAUGUUUACAACUUAAUAUGUGACGUUUUCAACCAAAAGGUACCACAUUGUCGCUUGUCGAUAAAGUUGAUUUCAAAUUCAAGGUAUAUCGAAAUAGCGCCUUAUUGACAACCGACAAUAAGUACCCUUUUGCAUGAAAAUAUCACAUAAGUUUACGGGAGUUUUAUACUUUAAAUUAUACUACA